GUAUUUUCGUGGCCACCGGUGUUUCAGCAUGAAGCUUGGCUAGAGCAAAAUGGACUUACUGGGGAGAGAUGCCUGCUGGGAUGAGCACUCGCUAGCUGAGAGCUGAAGCGUGGUCACCAGCCUGUGCAAGCAGAAGAGGAUGCGGGUCACCAUGAGGAGGGUGCUGCUGGUGCUGGGCUCGGUGGUCGCCCUGAUGGUGACUCUGCACCUCGGCCAGCAGGUCCUGGAGUGCCAGCAGGUCCUGAGCGAGCGGAGGCACAGGCUGAUGAGACCGGAGAGCGAGGAGCUGGUCAUGAUGGACUCCAACCACGUCGAGUACCGGUACAGCAAGGAGAUGCCGCUGAUAUUCAUCGGUGGGGUCCCGCGCAGCGGCACGACGCUGAUGAGGGCCAUGCUGGACGCGCACCCCGAGGUGCGCUGCGGCGAGGAGACCCGCAUCAUCCCGCGCGUGCUGGCCAUGCGGCAGGCGUGGUCCAAGUCGGGGCGGGAGAAGAUGCGCCUGGACGAGGCGGGGGUGACGGACCAGGUCCUGGACGCUGCCAUGCAGGCCUUCAUCCUGGAGGUGAUCGCCAAGCACGGCGAGCCGGCGCGGUAUCUGUGCAACAAGGACCCCUUCACGCUGAAGUCCUCUGUGUACCUGUCCAGGCUGUUCCCCAAUUCCAAAUUCCUCCUGAUGGUUCGAGACGGCCGCGCUUCCGUCCACUCCAUGAUCACACGGAAGGUGACCAUCGCGGGCUUCGACCUCAACAGCUACCGGGACUGCCUGACCAAGUGGAACAAAGCCAUCGAGGUGAUGUACUCGCAGUGCCUGGAGAUCGGGCGCUCCCGCUGCCUGCCUGUCUACUAUGAGCAGCUGGUGCUGCACCCCGAGCAGUCCAUGCACACCAUCAUGAAGUUCCUGGACAUCUCCUGGAGCGACACGGUGCUGCACCACGAGGAGCUCAUCGGGAAGCCUGGCGGGGUGUCGCUGUCCAAGAUAGAGAGAUCAACAGACCAGGUCAUCAAGCCGGUGAACAUGGAGGCCUUAUCCAAGUGGAUCGGGCACAUCCCAGGGGAUGUGCUGCAGGACAUGGCCCACAUCGCACCCAUGCUGGCCAGGCUCGGCUACGACCCCUACGCCAACCCCCCCAACUACGGCCACCCCGACCCCUUGGUUGUCAACAACACGCACAGAGUUCUAAAGGGGGAUUAUAAAACGCCAGCCAAUCUGAAAGGUCAUCCGCAGGUGACUCAGAACACAUCAUCCUCUCACUAAGGACAUUAAUGAUUUCCAGAAUGCUGCAAAUGGCCUUUUGUUGCCCAACAAAGAAGAGUUUGCGAUGGCACCAGUGGAAAUCGGAUAUCCAAGCAUAUUGCUUGCUAAUACUAUUGCCAAAAUGACUGCUCUAUGGGAACGUGGUUGCAUUUAUUUGCAAAGCCCGAGCGUUCCGCACGUCAGGCCCCGGGAUGUGCGUCGGGAAGGGUCUGUUUGCCGUGCCCGGAGGACUCGUGUAGUCACACUUGGUGUCUGUACUGUGUUCUCUGCUCGUGGCUCUGUGAUGGCACCGGGGCCCCCCGUGGAGCCGUUGGGUGCCCUCAUGGAGCUUUUGUCGUGCGAGUGCCCCCCCAGCCCUUCACUGUCCCUUACAGAGGCUAUUGCAGAGUUAAUAUAUGAGCCCAUCCCCGCCUCCUUGCCCCGUUGUCCACCAUUAAAGUGUUGUUUAAUAA